AUACGUAAGUAGUUACUUAAAAAUUCCAAUAAACUGCGAAAUCUCUGUUUAUUUUUAAACUUUGAUUUUGAGAUUUAUUUUUCAUGUUAUGUCGUGAUUGGUCUGGAUAUUAAAAUGGCCAUCCUUUUAAUUGCUAUCAGCAUCGUGAGCUUUCUGUUUCUUCUCUACAUGAUAUCCCCACUGCUCGCUCCGAAGCAAAUGAACCUCAGAGGCGUGCAUGUCCUGAUCACUGGGGGAUCUUACGGAAUCGGGUUCUCCGUGGCCAAGGAAGCCUUCCGCCUCGGUGCCCAUGUCACUAUCGUGGCACGCGGCGCUGCCAAACUGAAGGAAGCUAAAGACCAGAUUCUGGCGCUCGAGCCGCUGAUGCCGUCGCAGAAAGUGGCAGCCUUGUCUUUGGACAUCACCGAUGCCAAGAACGUCCCUCUCGCUUUCAGUGAAGCCGUGGAAGCCAACGGGCCGAUUGACGUGCUGAUUAACUGCGCUGGCACAUCCAGCGCACAGAUCUUCGAGGAUAUUCCACUGGAGGAGUUCCAUCGCCUGAUGGAUAUCAACUAUUUCGGCUCGGUGUACUGCACUAAGUGCGUGGUGCCCAGUAUGAAGCAGCGUCGCGCCGGGCGCAUCGUCUUCGUCUCCUCACAGGCCGGGCAGGUGGGGCUUUACGGGUUCAGUGCGUAUUCGGCGACCAAGUUUGCGCUGCGCGGUCUCGCCGAGGCCCUGGAAAUGGAGCUGAAACCCUUCAACAUCCACGUCACCCUGGUGCAUCCGCCUGACACGGAUACGCCGGGAUUUAAGGAAGAAGAGAAAACCAAGCCGCAGAUCAAUCGCGCCAUCUCGCAGACAGCCGGAUUGUACUCGGCGGAUCAGGUUGCGCGUAUUCUGUUAGAUGAUACCCAGAGUGGGAAGUUCCUGUCGUACGUGGGCAUUGACGGGUUCAUGCUGACCUGUGUCAGUGCCGGAAUGUCGCCUGUGAUUUCCAUCAUGGAACCGCUGCAGCAGUUCUUCCUGGCGGGAUUAUUUCGGUGUAUCGGAUUGGCUUACAGGAGAUAUUUUGAUGCGAUAGUCAAGCGUGGUGUAACGGAGAAAACUCGUUCGUAAUAAUACUUGAACGGUUCGGAACCUUGCAUACAUUUCUAACGCCUGGAAAGCAGAACAUUAUUUGAGUCGCUCGGUUAUUUAAAAAUUUGUUGUAGCGCAGACCUCGCUUCUCGUGUUUUUUUUUUAAUUUGAAUUGAAUCUGUGAUGUUAUUGAUUUCAUGAAUUAUGACAGUGUUAUCUAUAGACUAUAUUCAAUUUUAUUUUUAUAAUGGGUGUUAUGUUUAUUUUUUAUCGUAGAAACUGACUACCUGCUCCGUGAAGAAAUAAUAAUAAUACUAGUAACAUUUUGCAU